AUGUCAAAGCCUCAGCAUAUUACCUUCACGGAACCCUCAACCCCCGUCGAAGCCAAUCACAGUGCGCGGCGGACAUUAAAAGACCGCGACAACAUCCUUCAUGCCUCCCAGUACGCUGACUCCACAGCCCCGGAAGGUGGUUAUGGUUGGGCAGUCGUCUUUGCGUGCUUUUCCAUAUCUUUCUGGAUUGUAGGCACUGUCUACAGCUGGGGUGUCAUGCAAGCUGCUCUCUUCAAGCAGGGUCUUUCUUCUCCCCCAACCCUCUCCUGGAUUGGGUCUUUGGACUUCGCAUGCAUAGCCUUUCUUGCUCUUGUCAAUGCGCGAGUGAUACGAUUGCUUGGAGCGAGGGGUACUGCGCUCCUAGGGAUCUCCAUGUUGGCGUUGGGGGAGAUACUGAGUGGGUUUCUGACACACAAUGUCGGCGGAUUGUUCGUCACUGCUGGCGUGGUGUCCGGGAUUGGGACAAGCCUCUGCUUCAUGGUCAUCAACGUAACCCCGGCACAGUACUUCCACAAGAAGCGCGGCCUCGCCAACGGUAUUGUCUGCGCCGGCGGCGGCCUCGGAGGUACGGUCAUCAGCCUCUCAAUGAACGCCAUCAUACAGCGCGUCGGCCCAGCCUGGACCUUCAGAAUCCUCGGCCUCUUGACAUUGGCAACAGGUCUACCGGCAGCUUGGCUCAUCAAAGAGCGAUGCCCAAUACGAUCGGCAACCUUCAUCGAAUGGAAACUCUUCCGAGACUUCAAAUUCGUCACCAUCUUCCUAGUCGGCGUCGUUGCCACCUUCCCCCUCCUCGUUCCACCCUUCUUCAUCCCCCUCUACAGCGCCUCCCUCGGCCUCUCAUCCAGCACCGGUGCCGCUCUGGUAGCAGGCUUCAACAUCUCCUCCGGGGUCGGCCGCCUCAGUUCUGGUCUCGCUGCCGACGCCUUAGGACCUCUGAACACGCUUUUCAUAGGCCUGUUCCUGACAACCGUCAGCAUGUUCGUGAUCUGGCCCGUCUCGGAUUCGCUAGGGCCUCUGGUCGUCUUCGUGAUCAUCAACGGUGCUGCCAACGGAGCAUUCUUCGCUACGAUGCCGACGGUCGUCGGGACGGUGUUUGGCUCGCAGAGGGUCUCGGUUGCUAUGGGCAUGGUUGUGACGGGUUGGGCUGGGGGUUACUUGAUGGUACGUCGAGCCUACUUACCUCCCCAGAGUGAAGAACGGCUUGAGAGUGAUAGAGCAAUGCUGAUUGGCUCGCUACAGGGCGCCCCGAUCGCUGGUUAUCUCCUCGAAGCCCACGGUGGAGAAAAGAGCACGCUGGCGGCGUAUCAUCCAGCUAUGUUCUGGGCCGGAUCUCUCGCUGUGCUAGCGAUGGGAUUGGUGGCGAUGGUGAGACUGUACGUCAACAAGGAUAUAAUGAGGAGGGUUUGA